UGGCUUCUACUCAAGAUGAAGUGGGUAUGAUACCCUCCUCACUUCAUGACAAGGCUGAAGCUAAUGACUCCUUAGUCACCCCGCAGAUGCAUCUAGACCAAACUAUGCUCUGUACGUUAGAUGUGUCUAAGGCCGUAGAAGACUUAGAAGGCGAGUGGUCAAGCAAGGACCCUCGCGAGUCUUGGGUGGCGCUAAAUAAGGGUCCUAGAGGGGAACAUUUCGUGGUGGAAGUGGAUGUAGGAGGCCGCAAAUGUGGAGCCUUCAUAGACAACGGAUCCACGCAAAAUUACAUAAGUCGCGAUUGUUUCGAAAGGCUGCACCUACAAGACCGGGUACGACACCUUAGUAGACCAGUAGCAUCUACUUUGGCCAACAAAGAGCGCAUGAUUGUCACAGACUACAUCAAGGACGUAGUCUGUACCUUCUCCUAUGGAGGAGGAGAGCUUAACCAUAAGAUCUCGUUCUUGGUUAGCGACGACUUGCCAUUCGAAAUGUUGUUAGGCAUGUACUACCUCGAAGUUGCUAAGCCCCAGUUCGACUUGGAUAAGAAGGUGCUCAAGCAUAAGUUGCCCGAUGGCCGAACUGUCAGAUUGACCAAGUUCAAGGCCAGCAGUACUGUAGAUACCUAUGGCUGCUUGUGUGCAUCAGCGUUCUACAACUAUUACAAGCAAAACGAAGAGGAGGGUAUAAUGUUAGAUGACGCGAAGAAGUAUGUUGAGAUCUGUCAGGUCUGUCAGCGGGACAAGCCGCGAACUCAAGCACCGCUUGGGUUAUUGAAGCCUUUACCUAUUCCUGAUGGUUCAGGAUUGAGUGUUUCCAUGGAUUUCAUGGACAUUCUUGUGACCAGCAAGAGUGGUAAGAGGCACAUCUUCGUCAUAAUUGACCGAUUCACCAAGUACGCUAGACUAAUACCAAUGCCAGAGACAGCCACGACAAAAUAUGUCAUCAAGUUGUUCAAGGACAACUGGGUAAGGGACUUUGGUUUACCAAAGACCAUCAUUAGUGACCGAGACGUCCGAUUUACAACUGAGCUGUGGAAAAAGACUGCGGAACAGAUGGGCAGUCAACUUCAAAUGACUUCAGGGAAUCAUCCCGAAGCCAACGGACAAGCCGAACAGAUGAAUAGAGUUGUACAGCACUUGCAGAGGCAUUACAUCAAGCCCAGCCAGGAUGACUGGGAUGAGCAGUUACCUCUCAUUGCCAGCCUGUACAACAAUGCUAUACAUAGCAGUACCGACGUUAGUCCUAACCAGCUGCACUUAGGAUGGAAGCCUAGAUCAGCAUUAGGCUUCCUCCUACCUGAAAACCGACCUGCUGCAACUCCAGGCACACUUGAAUACAGUGUGCAAUAUGAGAAGUUGCUGCAAGAGGCUGUUGAACAUAUGAAGAAGGCUCAGCAAGCCAUGAUUGCUUCUGAGAAUCAACAUCGCAGGCAGUCCACAUUUCAGGUAGGGGAACGUGUCUGGGUCAAGGCUACGCUCACGCGCUCAAGGGCGAGCUGGAAGGAGCAGGCAGCCAUAGCCGAGCUGUAUUGCUGUAUGUUGGAUGGGGUGCAUGGUGGUCCUUGGGUGCAUGUGGCAUUUGUGAGUUGGGGAACGAGGUUUGGCCUGCCCGCCGAAAGGCAAGGGCAAAUCGGGAAACUGAGCACCGCCGGGAGUGAUUCGACGACACUCUCGAUGCCUUCGGAACCGAUCGAUUCGCGGGUGACCGCCCUUCGUUCCGAUGCGGAAGUCGAAAGUCCUCCUCUUCUUUAUUCUUUUGAGGACUAUGUUGCCCGACUCGUUCCUACGCUGGGUACUCAAGCUCAAGGACAAGACGUGUGUGCGGCAUCUUCUCUGUCCGGCAGCGGCGACUUAUGGUCUUCAAGUGGUUCUUCACGGGAUUCGGCGCGCGAGUUCAACAUAGAGGUAUUGGACCCGCUCACGUCCGAGGACUUUGCAUGGCUUCCUCUCCCAACCACGGGCCGCCUGUCGGGACCGCAAUGCACAGCACUAUGCGCUCAUCUUCACACGUACUUAUCCUUCUAUGCACCACCAACUUCGUCGACGAAUGACGAAGUCGUGGUGGGGGACAUCCUUGCGUAUGUUACCAAGGUGGCCCGCGAGUUUCACACGCAGCGGUACGAUGACAACAACACACCGCUCAUGUACGUCCGCAUCCAGGUUGGGCAAGCGUCCUGCAGCGCUUUGCUGGAUAGUGGCGCGUCUCGCAAUUUCAUGAGCCAAGCCUUUAUGCAAAGGGUUGGCCUUGGCGCACAAGCUCGGAGGAAGGCAAACCCGAUGGCGAUGAAGUUAUCGGAUGGAAAGACGCAGCAACUCCUCGACCGUUACAUCGAAGUCGUACCGGUGUAUUUCGCACCUCUUGCAUGCGAACCGGCGACGUUCGACAUUUUGGACACGGACUUCGACAUCAUUCUGGGAAUGCCUUGGCUUGCACGGAUCACACAAUCAACUUCCACCGGCGGACUCUUAGCGUUCGUGACGCCUUCGGCGCCGAAGUGGCGUUUGGAUUUGAAGUCGGGAUAUCAUCAAAUCUCGAUCCGGCCGAACGAUCGCUACAAAUCCGUGUUCAAGACGCAGUACGAGCAUUUUGAGUGGGUGGUCAUGCCUUUUGGCCUCACCAACGCCCCGACGACCUUUCAAGCGGCAAUUUUACCAACGAGUUUCGUGCAAUGUUGGACCGGUUCGUGCAAUAUUCUCGUUUAUAGCCAGACAUUGGAGGAUCAUCUUGGGCAUCUUCGACGAGUGUUGGAGGCGCUCCGCCUCGCCAAGUACAAGGCCAACCGCGACAAGUGCGAAUUUGCCCGGCAAGAGCUGGAAUACUCGGGCCAUUUUGUCACACCGGAAGGCAUCAGUGCGCUAUCGGACAAGAUUCAAGCCAUCCAAGAGUGGUCGGAGCCUCGGAACGUCACGGAUGUCCGCUCGUUCCUUGGCCUCGCCGGCUACUAUCAGCGUUUCAUCAAAGGCUACUCGAAGAUCACAGCCCACUUGACCAAGCUUCAAUGCGAGGAGCGGCCGUUUGACUUCGGAGAGGAGGCGCGAGAAUCAUUUUUGGCUCUCAAAGCCGCACUACUAUCUACGGAGGUCUUGCACAUAUACGACCCGCUUUUGCCUACACGCGUCACUACGGAUGCGUCCGGCUAUGGCAUUGGUGCCGUCCUCGAGCAACAUGAUGGUGUGGACUGGCACCCGGUCGAGUAUUUCAGCAAGAAAGUGUCGGUCAUGCAUUCCCUUAACGAUGCACGCAAGGAGCUCCUCGCCUUCGUCCACGCGCUUAAGCGGUGGCGGCAUUUCCUCCUUGGUCGAAGCCAAUUCCGAUGGGUAACCGACAACAAUCCGUUGGUCUUCUAUAAGACCCAAGACACCAUCAACAGCACCAUCGCUCGAUGUAUGGCUUUCAUCGACCAGUUUGACUUUUAUCCCGAUCACAUUCCCGGGAAGUCGAAUCGUUUUGCGGAUGCUCUUUCACGGCGUCCGGAUCAUUGUACCGCGGUCUACUCAACCUUCGAGAUCGACGACGACCUGCGGAACAGCUUCAUCCGCGGCUACCAAGCCGACCCUGAGUUUUGCGACAAGUACGCGAAUUGCUCCUCUCACUACCAGAUCCAAGAGUGGUACUUGCUUGUCCACAUACGGGGGAAGGAUCUUCUUUGCGUACCGAGUGAUCCUCAUUUGCAUACACGGCUUCUUGGCAAGUUCGACAAUGCUCCCGCCACCAGACACUUUGGAGUCAAUCGCAUGAUUGGCCGACUUCGCAAGCGAUUUUGGUGGCACGGCCUUCUCGGCGACGUCACACGCUAUAGCGAGUCAUGCGAGGUUUGCCGACGCUGCAAAUCCCGCCACCAUCGUCCGUACGGCGAGUUACGACCAUUACCGGUCCCUUUGAGGCGAAGGGAAGCGAUUGCCAUGGACAUUAACGGCCCGUUCCCCAAGCACAAGACCGGAGUGGAUGGGAUUCUCACGGUGGUCGACAGACUCACCACGUUCGCCAUGUUUUUGCCUUGCUGCUAUCAUGCCAAGGCACCGGAGUUGGUCGAGGUUCUUUACGCCGGUUGGAUUCGAACCAAGGGUUACCCCAAGGAAAUCGUCUGCGACUGCGACACUCGGUUCAUGUCCGAUUUUUGGUUGGCGCUCAUCAAGCGAUGGGGCUCAUCUCUCAAGCCCAGUUCAGCUCGCCACCCCCAGACAGAUGGCCAAACGAAGAGGGCGCACCAGACCGCACAGAUUCUCCUUAGCACUCUCAUCCGUCCUGACCAGAAGGAUUGGGUUGAGUGGCUGCCGGAUGUCGAGUUGGCCUACAACUCCUCCAUCCACCCGGCUAUCGGGACGUCGCCCUUCGAGUUCGAGCAUGGCUCGCCGGUCACUUCGCCGUUGGACACCAUCACUCCACGAACGGCCGAGAGCGACGACCAUCUUUUUUUCUUGCAUCGUAUGCAAGAGCUACUUGUCAAGGCACGCGACCAGAUGGCCAAGACGCAACAACGCAUGAGCCAACAGGCCAAUCACCAGCGUCUUCCUUGCCCAUUCCGCCCCGGCGAUCUCGUUUGGGUCUCCGCCGUGGAAUUAAGCCUUGAACAAGAUCUCUCUCACAAGCUCCUCCUAGAUGGAUGGGGCCUUGGCCGAUCGUGGCACCCGCUGGGGAUGCACCCGAGGGACCUUCCUUCACUAUUCAGAUCUGCAACAAGUUCAGACACCGAUGUUGUUGCUGUUGCUGCUGCAAUGGCAAGUGGCAAUGCAAGGCAUAAUGAAACUGUUGCAACCCCAAAUUUGGACCCAGCAAUCGCUGGUCCUAGCUGCAGCUUUCCCUACAUGGAUAGAAAGGCGGCACAACUUCCGUCUCAAUACGACGGAAAGGACGACAUUGAAUCUUGGAUCAACUCUAUGCGAUCCUACUUUGAUGUGUUGGGGACACCCCUCGUUACUCAGUCGUCGGUCCUAGGGACCACUGUGGAACCCGCCGUAGGGGCUUCUUAGAAGUCCAAGCUGUACAGUCAGGCUAUAAAAGAAUAGACUUGAACAAAUGGCUGAAGGCUAC